CGGGUCGCAUGCGCAUGGUUCAGCCCUUUCAGCUGAGAACUUCCAGCAUGGCUGCCAUAGGAGUUCACUUCGGAUAUACUUGCGCUUGUGUGGCGAUAUUUAAGGACGGGCGGGCUGAUGUGGUGGCUAAUGACGCAGGAGACCGAGUGACUCCAGCUGUGGUGGCCUACAGAGACACUGAGCAGAUUGUAGGUAUCGCAGCAAAGCAAGGACGGGUUCGCAAUGCCGCCAACACAGUUGUUAAAGUGAAACAAGUGCUGGGGAGGAGCUUUGAUGAUCCGGAGACACAAGCUCACAAAACACAGACCAAGUGUCAGGUGGUCAAAAGAGAAGAGAAGCCGUAUUACGAGAUCACGGCAGGAGAACAUCCGGAGUAUGUGGCUCCAGAGGACGCUGCGAAGCUCAUCUUCCACAAAAUGAAAGAAACAGCUCAGUCAGCUCUGGGCUCUGAUGUCACAGAGGCGGUCAUUACCGUCCCUUUUGAGUUUGCACAUGCUCAGAAGCGUGCUCUGAGGGAGGCGGCUGAAGCUGCAGGGUUCCACGUACUGAGGCUGAUCCACGAGCCUGCUGCUGCUCUGUUGGCCUACAACAUCGGACAGGACUGUUCUUCUGGAAGGAGCCAUGUCCUGGUGUAUAAGCUGGGCGGGACGUCCCUAAGUGUGACAGUGCUGCAGGUCAAUGGAGGAAUAUUCCGGGUUCUCAACACCCACACUGACCACAGCAUCGGCGGGGAGAGCUUCACCCAGGCCUUGGCCCAGCACCUCGCCGCUGAGUUCAAACGCACCUUCAAGCAUGAUGUGAGCAGUAAUGCUCGGGCAAUGCUGAAGCUGAUGAAUGGAGCAGACAUGGCCAAACACUCUCUGUCCUCAUUGGGAUCAGCCAACUGCUUUGUUGACUCGCUGCACGAUGGCAUUGACUUUGAAUGCAACGUCUCUAGAGCUCGGUUCGAGCUGCUCUGCUCCUCACUCUUCAACAAGAGCAUCCAGCCAAUCAAACCCCUGCUGGAGAAGGCGGGGCUCUCCACCAGCGACAUUAACAAGGUGGUUCUUUGCGGUGGCUCAGCCAGGAUCCCUCGUCUGCAGCAGAUGAUCCGGGAGAUGUUUCCUGAUGUGGAGCUUCUGAGCUCAGCACCUCCUGAUGAAGUCAUUGCUGUGGGAGCAGCCCUGGAAGCAGGCUUACUGGUUGGCAGAGAUGGCCUCUCCCCCGAGGAAGAGUCUGUCACAGUGGAUGUUUCUGCCUCGGACAUACUAGUGAAGGAGGUGGAUGACUCCGGAGCCGAGGUGUUCACUGUGCUCCUCCCAUCGGGCACGCCCCUGCCUGCUCGCAGACAUCACAUCCUGAGCGGAGGGGGGAAGCUGUCCUCGCUCUGCCUGGAGAUUUACCAGAGAUUUGUCACAGAGCAACCAGAGAAGCUCGCUAAGAUCAUCUUGAGAGACCUGCAGCCCAGAGAGGAGAACCAUGACAUUGACACAGUGGUGACCAUGAAAAGGGACGGUUCUGUUCAUGUCUCCUGUGUAGAACAGAGCACCGGAAAGCCAGAGGUCAUCACCAUAGCAGCCACUUGCUGAUCUGCAGUCCAGACGACGCACCUGCACACAGUGUCAGUGCGAUGGAUUGUUUUGUUUAGUUUCGUUUUUUUUAUCCCGCGCAAUAAACAGUAUCAAACUCAGA